AUGGCUGUCCGCACUGGUCGCUAUUGGGCCGUGCUGCCGCUGGCGCUGUUCGCCUACCUGAACGGAGGGCAGCUGGCCUCCACCUCCGCCCCGUCGCUGCCUCGGCGAGCACUGGGCGCCUUGGGGGCUGGCGCCCUUGGGGCACGGGCCCAGCCGGGCAACGCGGCGACGUGGCUCCCGCGACCGGCAUCCGGAGCCAUCUCCGGCGGCGUGCUGCCACUGACCAUAGGACUUGGUACCUGCUUGGUCUCUGAGGGAGAUGUGACCAGGCAGGUCUCCAGUGCUUUGGACACUGGCUACCGCGUCAUCGACACAGCACAGAGGUAUGGCAAUGAAGCCGGCAUCGGCCGAGCGUUGAAGGAGGCAUUUGACAAGGGCCUUCGCCGUGAAGAAGUCUUCGUCACCACCAAGGUCUGGCCCACGAAUUACGGCUUCGACAAGGCAAUCAGCUCAGUGCAGGACUCGGCGAAGAAGCUGGGUCUCGAGGCCAUUGACCUGGUCUUACCGCAUUGGCCUGGUCUCAGCACCAGCAUCGAGGCUGCAGAGUCGAACUUCCGGCUCCGGCGAGAAACCUGGAAAGCCUUGGAGCAAAUGAAGAAGGAUGGCCUUGUCAAGAACAUCGGUGUGUCCAACUACAAUGACCGACAUCUUACAGAGCUUCUCGACUAUGCUGACACCCUUCCGAUGGCAAGCCAGUUCGAGAUCCAUCCAUUCAACACGCGCGAGAUGCUGGUACAGAAAUGCCAACAGCUUGGCAUCAGGGUCAACGCGUACUCACCGCUGGGAGGAAAGGGCAACCCCAACCAGGUAACCGACAAGCUGCUUUCGUUACAAUUGCUGACAGACAUCGGUUCGGCACAUGGGAAGACCCCAGCGCAGACGAUCCUGCGGUGGCACCUGCAGCGAGGCGUGACGCCAAUCCCAAAGGCCAGUUCUGCAAGUCGAUUGGGUGAGAAUUUCGACGUCUUCGACUUCGAGCUGAGCGAUCAAGAGAUGCAGGAGCGGCGUGGACGCCUGGCCAACAUGCAACUCCAUCUUGUGAAGGAGAGGAGGUUCCGUCGGCUUGCAGAUGCGCGGGCAACGCUUGCUGGUGUCCAGGUGCUGGAAGCGAAGCUGCCCGCGGGUGUUGUCGGCGUGGUUCCGAUCCGUGCCACUGAGGAGGUCCAGGCCCUUUGCUUCGCCGCGUGGCAGCUUCGGACUGCCAAGAACGCUGUUGGAAGAGGUAAUUUGCAAUCGCGUGGGGAAAAGCAGAUCUUCGAGCACAGCAAAGCUCAUUCUUCACUCCGCGCUGGGAACAGCAAGCUGAUGCUGCAUGCUGUCAGAUGCUUGACUGCCUGGUGUCGCAUCUGCUUCACGAAGAAAUGUCAUCGUCACGGCCAGAAGCAGACGCUGACACUCACGUGGCAAUGCAGGGACGUCGUGCGUCGCAGCCAGGUGUUUGCAGCAUGGGCCCUUGUUGCUCGGAGUUCCUUCUCCAGAAAACGGGCCGCCAAAGUUGCGUCCAAGGCAGUCAUCACGGCCAGGAACUCGAAAGGCCUUUGCCGAGUAUUUUGGGGAUGGAGAUGUGCCGCUGCGGUUGGCAGAAGCGAGCAGCAAGUGCAGCAGGAGGCACGAGCAAGCGCCAAGGACUGCCGUGCGCUUUGCAAGGAGGUGGAGGAUCGCUCCAACCGCUGGAAGGAGCGGGCGCUGCAUUUGCCAAGACACCUCGUGUCGAGACAGGUGCUGUGGGCCUGGCGACUUGCAGUGAGCUCUGAGAGCCGCCCGGAGCGCGAGCUUGCUUGGUGGCUUUGGCGCCGGGCAACGGGUCUCCAAGUCAAGGCUCUCACCUGGUACAGCUGGGAGCGCUGGGUUUCCCGGGCUGCCGCCAUGCGAAGGCUCAUCUUCGCCUCCUGGCGACAGGUUCUGCAGCUCCAAAGCCUCGGGCGCCGGAGCGCAAGCCAGCUGGAAGCACUGCAACUGCACACCUCCGCCGUGACGCAGGCACUUCGGACCCGCGUCCGCAAGGCUUUCCGUGGUGCUGUGGAUUUUGCAGCAUCAAGCCAGUCACAGAGUCUCUUGUGCAAGGCUUUCGGGCGAUGGCGGCGAUGUUUGGCCACUGCCCCGGCCAAACCCGAGCUGGGAGAGCUCGAGGCCGUCCGAGUUCAACUUCUCGCCGCCCAGCGCCAGAGCUCUGCCCUUCAACAAGCCUUCUGCGGCCAGCAGAGGUUGAGGCCAG